AUGGCCAUGAUGAAGAAAUCCAUGCUCGCUCUGGCGCUCGCUGGCAUUGUUGCCGCGCAGUCCUCCGUGGUCAGCGUGUUCUUUCCAGACUCCGAUGAGCAGGCACUUGUGGGAUCCAUUAUUCACUCAGAUGCAUCCAAAACCACCCUUGCCGUGUCGUGUCCGAGUGGCGAAGAUCAAAAUAGCUGCGGCUUCGCCGACAGUAUAACCGUGACGGUUGGCCCGUCGACAUUCCGCGCGCAGGAGUCUUUCGAAUCCUUGACGGUCGAGCUGGACUGUGUGAUAACAGGGACAACCGCAGCCACGUGUAAAGAGACGUUCGUUGGGCCAGCCGACUUGAUUGAUUCGGAUGCGGAUGGAACCUCCCUUGUGCCAGCCAGUGAGACCGCUGCCGCGGCCAACACUCAGAUCACGACGACGGCAAUCACCACCACCCUCGCAUCGAGCGAUAUUGCCUACAUACCAGUGACCAUCACGACGGGUUCGGGCGCGUCCGGUUCAGGAGCAUCGUCGAGUGCGAGCGCGAGCGCAUCUGCGGCCUCAGCAACUGGAUCAUCUACGGCAACAUCGACAAGCGGCUCUUCGACGAGCAGUGGGAGCGCCACACCUUCAUCUAAUAGCAACAGUGGCGCUGGAAAAACAGAUGCGCGGCUUUUGGCACUAGGCGCUACGGGUGCCGGGUUCAUUGGAUUGAUCAUCGCGUUGCUGUGA